UAUCCCUCUUUCGCUCGAGCUGCUUGUUGCGUUUACGGCAGAGGCGCGUGAGCGUGGUGGGAAAUGUGAGCAAGAUGGCGGCGUUGAAGGAGGAGCAGUGCUACGGACUGUCCUGUGGAAGAGUCAGCAAUGGCAGCAAUAUAUCCGUUUAUCACGUCAAACUGACAGACAGCGCGCUGCGUGCCUUCGAGGACUAUCAGAGCAACAAGGGCCUGACUGCUCAACCACUAAUAAGAUUCACAGGAAAUCAAGGGAAAAUCUCAAUACCGCAGUCAGAGAAUCCAAAUGAGCUACGAACGUUUACGUUCUACCUGUCCAACGUGGGGAAGGACAACCCCCAGGGCAGCUUCGACUGCAUUCAGCAGUACAUCACAAGUGAAGGGGGCAUACAGCUGGACUGCUUGGGAGGGAUCCAGGACAAAAUCACGGUGUGUGCCACAGACGACUCCUACCAGAAAGCCAGGCAAAGCAUGGCUCAGGCCGAAGAGGAAACCCGAAGCCGUGGAGCCAUCGUCAUCAAGCCUGGCGGGAGAUACGUGGGUAAGCGGGUACAGAUCCGGAAGCCCAUAAUAAGCUCUUCCGACGUGGCUCCUCUGCGGCAGACCUCGCGUCCUGUUAUUAUCUCCAGCAGUCAGAAAAAGAAGCCACCGCGGCCGCUGAGGGAACGGCUAGUGCACUUACUAGCCCUUAAACCCUACCGCAAACCCGAACUCCUGGUGCGACUCAUCAAGGACGGUCUCCCUCCUCAGGACAAGGAGAUGUUGGACAGCCUCCUGCAACAGGUGGCUAACCUAAAUAGUAAAGACAGCACCUUCACAUUGAAGGAUUGUUUGUUUAAGGAAAUUCAGCAGGAUUGGCCUGGUUACACCGAGAUGGACCAGCAGAUUCUGAAGAGAAUACUUGUACGAAAACUGUGUAAGCCUCAGAGCAGCGCUCCUACUUUAGGAGAGAACCCGGUUAGCCCUCCUAAAGAGUCGGCCAGCAGUUCACCUUCUCAGCAGAAACGACCUGCUGCUGAGUUCACUGAUCCUCUGGCCAAUAAGAAGCCCAGAAUAUCGCAUCUAGCUAAUAAAUCAUCAGGGCUCAUCAACGGCAAACUGAGCUCCUCCAAUGGAAAGGACUCUUCUAAUUCUCAAGGAGGAGAGACAUCUUCAAGUUCUCAGAUCCCAGCGCUAGAGAUCCCCAGACCCUUCGAUCCGCUAUCUGACGUCAGCAAUGAUUCCAACGGCCGAGACUGCGAGAGUCAGGAGACAGCGGUGGCGGAGAGGUUAAGUCAGCCUGCGUUGUUCCCGCCCCGCUCCACGGCGCAAACGGGAGGACCAGGCUCGACGUCGCCGGCCCAAGGAGGCCUGGAAGGGUCUCAGGACCGGUCUGGUCUGCCUCCUCUGCGUGGGAAGUCGAAGAAAAAAUCGAAGAAACAUAAGGAUAAAGACAAGUCUAAGGAACGAGACAAGGAUAGAGAGAGAGAUGUGAAGAAAGAGAGGAAAGUUGAGGUUGAGCGUAACUCGGAGCAGAGGAAUACCUGCAAUAUCACGACGAGCGAUAGUAGCACAGGUCUGAACGGAACGUGCGACAGCUCCAGCAUUCCUGCGUCUUCGUCGGAGACAGCAGACUAUUUAUUAAAGUACACAGUGAUCAGUUCGCAAGAGCAGCGUCAGAGUUACAAGAACGACUUCAACACUGAGUACAGCGAGUACCGGGGUCUCCACGCAAGGAUAGAGAGCAUCACCCGGCAAUUCACAAUACUCGACUCGGAGCUCAAACAACUCCAGCAAGGCACAGACAAGUACAAGACAAUCCACAAUCAGAUACUUGAAGAGUAUCGCAAAAUUAAAAAGACUAAUCCAAACUAUAGCCAAGAGAAGAACCGCUGUGAAUAUUUACACAACAAACUGGCACAUAUUAAAAAACUGAUAGCGGAAUACGAUCAACAGCAACUUCAAAACUGGCACUAAUACCAAGAUUUUUGAACUCAAUCUUUCCUGCUCUUUUGAGAGAGAAAGAAACUGGAUUUUGUUUUCCUUGGCUUUCUCUAAUGUAAAAUGCCACGAAAUGUUUUUCUGUAGUGGGCCAAGUGCUCUAGUGAGGACGAUGCAGACCCAUGAAUUUCAUUUAUUUUUACGGGACUUGGGGCGUAUUUGGCCAAGCUUACCUGUGUAGCCGAAUGCAUUAUGGGAUAGCCUUGUGGGGCAUUGGUUGCCUCCUUUCCCUGUUCAAAGGUCUCGGUGUGUGUGAAAAGAUAGUUUUUUCCUUGAUGGCCGGACAGGGAUAACCAACACUGAAGCGGAUUAGGUCAUUCCCGAUCCCAGUUCCUGAUACUUUAAGAUUUAGAGAGAGGAAUGAACUUAUGUGGAUAUCGUUCCUCUAUGUACCCAAAUGGAAGGUUCUAAUGAUAAACUAUAUUUUAUUUUAUAUUUAUUUUUUCCUUUUUUCGUCUUCCAUAGGGAUACAUCAAUUUAAUAUUAUUAUUUCACACUCCCUCUAUCAAUGCUAAACAUCCGACCCCCUAGGUCUUGUUUUCCUAUUAUUAGUCAGUAUUUAAUGCAUAAAGCUGCCUUGGAUAUCAUCGCAGAUCAGAUUAUUUCCCCAUCAGAAAUACUUUUUGAGUGCUUUUGAGGGGCACUGUUUGGCUUCUACGGUCCUUUAUUGUGCAACACGCUAAACCAUGUGCAAUGGACAAGAACUGAACUACCGGAGUGAGAGAACCAUCUCCUUACAGGCUUUGGGAGUAUCAGUAUUAAGCUACAUUGGAGACCUGCAGCUUGCUAGACCAGGGUUGCCAUUCCAGAGGUACGGGAGCGGUGUUUAAGCAUCACGCUCCAGGUUACAAUGCAAUAUUUAUAAUUUCACUCCAAAGCUCUGUAGAUGGUGACUCGCCUGUCAAGUUCAGAUCUUUGAAACAGUAUCGCUUUAUCCCAAACCUUUCACAUCCGCAGAAUGGAAUCAGAUGUGAACGUUGCCAAAUUGUGCAACCUUGUGCCUCAUGAGCUGUGGUUCAUCUUUUCCGUAUCUACAGUAUUGCUAUGAGUGUGACCGUAACGUAUGUCAGGUCCAAAUUCUUACGACGGCAUUCUUCCACAAAAUAGCGACUGUAUCCCUUUAACGUAGCCCUGUGGUGUGCUCACGGGCUGGUGGGCAAAGACCUGAAAUACACUCGUUCACUAAUGUCUUUUACUGUCUUAACCCUUUAGCAGGCCCCGCUUGCUUGAACUGAGCAUUUCCAAACAGUAUUUUCCUUCAUGAGAUGACUGUUAAAUUCCAUUCAAGGGCAUCUCGACGCAUCUCAUCGGGGAGCGCUCACUAUCUAGUGUACAUGUGCGCAUAGGAUCUAUUACAAACCUGUGAUGUAUUCAUGUAGGAUCCCUCCUCGUGUGACCGUGGUAUCUGCCUCGCGGAAGCACGACCACAAGUUGCUCAUUUGUCAGGUCCUGUUGAAGCAUCAAUUGUACUUCUGAUAUCUGAACUCUUUUAUGUUUAAAUAUUAAAAUUCAGCACUUUGCUCAGCUUCUUGCUCUUACUCUUACCUGGGUUUUGUUGUGAGGAGAUACUUGCCUUGUCUGUUUGUGUACGCAUGCUUUCUGAAUGUUUAAAGACCUGUUUUCAGUGGUUUUACACUGCUCUUCUGUGUUCGAGAGAAUGCCAAUAUUUAUACAACUGCCCCUUCUGAACUUAUGACCAGGUGUUGAUCUUUAGAAGUGCAGUCAAGCUAAAUUUACCAGUCUGGUGGCAAAUGGCAAAGAAAGGUGAACUUUUCUUGAAAACCAUUAAGUAUUUAUUUUCGAACAUGAUCACAUUUUACCUUAGUUACUGUCUUUUAAGUUACCUUACAAACGGUCUGAUGAUGAAGAAUGUGAAAGAGGAACCAAAUGGUUCAAAGACGACGUGGCGACUCGGAGAAAAUGUGCCAAAUGACCUGUUGUAUAGGUUUGCAUCAAAUGAAAUAUGUUGCUGUUGUAGCACAAAAAAAAAGAGAAAGAAGGGAUUGGGGAGCUUUGGAGUGGAGAGUUGGGAUGUCAACGCUAAAACCCAAAGCGCGCUUUUUUGAAACAAUAAGGGACUGGGGCUGAGAUUUAUCUUGAUAUUUCAAUAAAAUUAUUGGAAAACUGUUA